AGUCACAGCUGAUGGCAAGUAAAACAGUUAUGCGAAUCCACUGGUUCAACUUCACAAAAUUAAGGUAUAAUGAGUGGGAGUAUUGCAGACUGCCCAAGGCCACCUCAGUGCUGUUCAUCUGUGAAUAUUCUCCACACAAAUUCCUCCAGUUCAGCUCUGUGUAAGAAAAGAGACCUUGCUAAUAGGAGUGAAGAGGCAACAAGUAUGCAGUGCUCUCAUGUUGACUGAGCCUAACAUUCCACUGAGAAGGGCUGUUCACUGUUGGGUUUUAGCACGCUCCUACUUCAGGAUGUAUGAGCUCAUGGGAACCAAACGAAUAAGACAUUGUAUAAAGAGCUGAGGUCUGCUGUCUCAUCGUCACUUGCUACGGUUGACAAAAUGCUUUCAACAAGAUUGACAAUCAUUGCCUUCCUGGCUGCAAGUUGGUGUUGGACAUCUGAUGCUGGAGGAAAAGUGACUCAAGCGCUGUCCAUGCAGCAUGGUGUGCCGAAGUAUGCUGACAACCCAGGUCUCACCUGUGACGGAAUGGAGUGCAGCAGCCCGUCCCCGCCCUAUACUGAGAUGUUUGUGUGCAGUUUCUCUGACAAUAACUUUAUUCAGAUCACCUUCAUCUGUAAGAACACAAACGCUAAUAUGCGUACCGAGGUUAUUUGUGAAGGACCGGCUGCAGUGAUCAAGUGUGAAAAAGGAGGCCUUGCCAUUGUGAGGGCCAGUUUCGGACGUUUCGACCAGAACACCUCCACUGUAACCCCUUCAGAAAUGACCCACUCUGCAAGUUAAGACACUGAAGACAGCAUGAGAAGUUUGAGGUUUGCUUCUGACAACAGCAUCUCAGAGAGGAGCAGUGACUUCAUAAUUGGUUCCAUCGCAUUCAUCCACUGGCUUCUUCCAAACACACGUCAACAAAGAUGUGAUGGAAUGAAUUAAUAAAAGAGUGCAUCUAA